CCGCCAAAAAACCCUCUCAAACAAUGACAGCUGUCAUGUUGACAAGUUAACGUCAAGUGUUUUCUAAUUCUUGAAAUAAAUUUCUCUGUGUUGUUUAAUUCAAAAUGAGGGAAAUUUUAGCACUUUUGUGCAUUUUUUCCUGUUGCGUGUUUCUGUCACAGGCCCAGUCUUACGACGAUAAAAGGUGCAAAUGUAUCUGCCCAAGUAUUUCUUCGGUGACCAACAGCACCGAAACGUCGCAUAUGGCGCGCAUUAUGUACAUCACAAAUGUACCUCCUAAAAAAUGUAACUGUGACGGAGUUAUUUUGCCGCGAAUUGGUAGAGAAUUGCAAGGCAAGGAACAGGAAUUCUGUCCUCGAUGCGAGUGCAAAUACGAGAACAGAAACACAGGAAUUAUAAAAGUAGUAGUUAUUAUAGUCAUUUGGGUUAUUUCAAUUCUGGUCAUCUAUAUGGCAUUUUUGAUCAUUUUGGAUCCGUUGCUUAAUAAGCGGAUCAAAGGCAGCUACCAGGAACACACAAAUGAAGAUGAUGAAGCAAGCGCUGCGGGCCCCAUGUAUCACAAUAUGAGUCUAAGGGGAAAUGUCUUAAAUAGGGUGGGACAUCAGCAGGAUAAGUGGAAGAAACAGGUGAAGGAACAGAGACGUAACAUCUACGAUAGGCAUACCAUGUUAAAUUAAAAUAAUAUAUUUAGUUCUUCCAAAACAUUGUUAAUGAUUUUGUUUACAAUAUUUAGGUAUUUUUACUUAUGCAAGUAACUGUAUCAAGAGUGCUGUGAAGUUUCAUCAACUUUGUCAGUUAUCUGUCAAAUUUUCACAGUACUUUUUAUAAACACUUUGUACAUAAAUCAUUUUUGUUUGUUUGUACAUAAAUUUUUCAUAUUAUAUUUGAGUCUCAUAAAUUUAACUAGUAUUUUCUGUAUACUUAUUGUGAUAAAUAUAUUGUCUAAAUUUAA